CGCAUGAAUUUGAUGCACAUGACCGAUGUAUAUCUUUAUCAUGCACGUCGCCUCCCAUGGUGUCGCCUCCCUCCCGCUUUUCAAAUUGCCAUGGUCGGGCAAGUCACCCCUCCCGCAGCUCCCGCAGCUGGGUCAGCAGUUUCCGUCUUGUACUCGGUAAAACAAUUCCGAUGUAUGAAUGGGAGAUCCUUGAUAAUAAUGCAAACGCACAGAUAGAGCGGACUACAAAACACAGCGCUUUUCUUGUGCCUGUUUAGCAGGGUGGAAGUGAUGGAGUAUGUGCGCUACUUCUGCUGCAGGUGCAAAGAGCCUAAAGAGACUGAUUAUGGCUAUGAACUUUUGUCAUUGGAUUCCGAAGAGCCAUGGAGUUUGUCUUGUGACAAACUGGACGAAUGGUUUGACGCAAACUUAAAGGAAGGGACAGAGUCAUGUGAAGCAUUCCGCAAAGCUGCAUUAACUGUGUACGAAGACAUCGGCUGGAUGUAUACACGCGGCUGGAUUCCAUACAAAUGUGAUAAAUUUAUUUUGGGGGGAUCGGUUGGAAAGCGCACUAUGUUGUCAGAUCAUUCCGAUGUGGAUCUAGUUGUGUUCAUCAGCACCGACCACUUGAAGCCAAUCAGCUCUUAUCCGUCACCGAAAGACUACACGGCCAAGCUCAAACAAGUAAUCGACGGUUUUGCGAGAGCGAUGGAAUCCGUCGGCAUGGAGGUUAUCCGGUGUGACGAUUUCCUUGUCUGCUUUGAAACUAAAGUUGGCCAGAAGAUCAUGAGAGUUGAUCUUCUUCCAACCGCUAGCAACGGUGAGCGGGAGAAAGUAUACAGGGAAAUGUUUCAGCUUACCAAGUUGGCGAAGAGUACCGCGGAAUACUCGGCAUCUCUGGUCGAAUACCAAAGAAAGUUUGUUGCUAACAAGCCUGAAGCUGUCAGGGAACUCAUCUGCUUAGUGAAGCACUGGGCCUGCACUAAGUUGCCAGAAGAGCUACAGAAGUCCUACCCGCUAGAGCUGAUCACCAUCCAUCACUGGGAAGAGGCCGGGGGACCCGCUGAUUUCAGCAAAGCCCAGGGUCUCAAGGCCGUUCUCUGUGCUUUGGCGAACUUAAAGAAAGAACGGAAAUACUGGAAGGACUACUACGGCAAGGAUUUGGCUCUUAAGUCCAUGAAAUCUCAGGGAAUGAAGAAUCCCUUGGUCUUAGACCCUGCCAAUCCGAUGAACAACGUAUGUGCAGUGUACCAUCGAAGAGAUAACAUGCAGCGUAUCGAACAAGUCGCAGAGGAGACCCUGCGCACGCCGCUUCUGAAGAACGUCCGCAUCCGUUCAAAGUGGAGACGAGAUAUUAGCUAUGCUUAAUACCACUUUCUGUUGUAACGAAGACGACUAAUACCCAGGCCUGAAAACAACAUCAAUAUUUUUUCUGGACUUUGCAAAUGGUUCCUAUUAUUGUUCUUGCAAUUAAUAACGAAAUAUCUGGCCAAACAAAAGAGAACAAUAAUUAUGAGCACGAUUAUAGAAUUUGUUUUUUUAUCCUUUGUUUGUUUAUUAUUUAUUUCCAUAUCUUAAAUAAAAUACUCACAUGAAUUAAAUAUCAAAAUAACAGAAAUGAUAUGAGAAUUCCAGAAAAAAAGCAAAUUUGUACACAAAAUCUGGAACUUGAGUCUAAUUAUUUAAAUAAUGGACUAUUAUGUAUUACAAGAUCAAAAACACAAUGAAUUAUCUAUGUUUGCAUCAAUAAUCCAGUUUUAUAUUAAAGGGUUAACUAAAUAAAUUUCUACGAUAAUAACUCUAAGAGAUGGAGUGAACUACUCAAAGAGAGAAAAAGAAAAAAGGAACGUUAUGUCUUGACGUACAUGCAUGUAUAUUCACAAAUUUUUACGGGAGGGAUCAUGUCCCUCCGAAAAGCGAAAUAAUUGAAUAUAAUGGGAUAUGAUAAUGAAGCCCCAAAUCCCAUCCCUGGCAUAAUACAUUCCCCGCGCGCCACGCUUAAGUUAUGCACCCGACUAUAAUAUCACGUCAAAUGCUGUUGAGUCAAACCGUUCUGGUCUUCAACAUGCUCGCGAAUUCGGUUCAUGUGACAGAUUUCCUUCAAACGAAAACAGACUUAUGAUAAUAUUAUUUCAAAUUAAGUGUUACUGCAGGAUUUGUACAUAAUUAAUUGUUUUGGGGUUUUAGGGAUGUCAUGGAAUACAUAUCCCUAAGUGAGUACAUUUACUACUACCCGUUUAUCCUUCAUCGUGCCGUUACGAAGCCAAACGGGAAGUUUGUUUUCUUUUGUUUCUAGGAAACGUCUUAACGACAUCGGGCUCGUGUUCAUGUUGGAGAUAGAACAAAAAUAAGCUAUAAAAACAGAAAAAAUAACGAGUGGAAAGGGCAGAGAUUGUAAUUCUAAACGGGAUGUUUAUGUUAUUACC